CAUUGCAAAUUUAUAUUCCCCGGAUCUCCUUCACACUGCCAUUGUUGUCUUUACUUUCUCCGUGGAUCUGCUUACUUUCCAUGAAUGCUAUUCCCCCAUAAAACCAUUCACUUGAAUCGGGUUAGUUUUGUUUUUUCAUUGGUUUAUCUGGAGAUCUGAUUGAUUUCUGCUGUUGGGUUUUCAAAGUUUAGUGAAAACCCAUGAAGGAAUCGGAGUUAAGCACUGAGCCAAUCGGACAGAAUCUGAUAAAACUGAUAAGUAAUCUGUGUUUCUCACUUUUUGUGUUUUCGGUGUUGAUAUUUACGGUUAUUGCUAUCACUUACCAACCCCCAGAUCCAUGGCUGGAAUCAGCGCCGGCCUUGACCAAACUCUUCACCCAAACUGAGAAUGCCACUUUCAAAAACGAUGAUUCUAUCCUUAAAACCGGUGAGGAUCUAGUUACUGUGGCAACUCCCACUGCACUCAAUCCUAUCACCGAAACCGUGAUCGAGAAGUCCGAAGGGAAAAUCUCAAAUUUGAGCCUGAAAUCGGAUUGUGAGGACGUUGGGCCUGUGAAUUGUUCAGAUCCGUUCGUUUUGUUCACGGUUGAGAGAUUCAAUUUGAAAAUUUUCAAGUUUAUCGUGUUUCUGGAGUAUCAAACUCCGGUCAGUGGAUCGAAACCAGAUGAGUGUGAUGUGGCUUGGAGGUUUAGGAACAAGAAAGAAAAGUCUUGGAGAAAGUACAGGGAUUUUAGAAGGUUCAAGUUAGGGAUCGGAGAGAACUGUACCUAUACCGUGGUUCAUGCCGGUGACUGGCAUUCGGGGAUUAAUGCUCGAAGGCCUAGGAACAGGCCUAACACCACACGGAAUGGUGGGAAUCCGAAGCUCGCACCACCUAUACGUGAUGAAGAGAUAAACGACACCAUUCCCAUUUUGGGUUCAGAUAUGAACUUUAGAAAGGGGAAGUAUUUGUAUUAUGCACGGGGAGGGGACUACUGCAAGGGAAUGAAUCAUUACUUGUGGAGUUUCUUGUGUGGUUUAGGGGAGGCUAUGUAUUUGAAUAGGACAUUUGUGAUGGAUUUGAGCAUAUGUUUAUCGGCAUCUUAUAAUCCAAGCAAUAAGGACGAGGAGGGAAAAGAUUUCCGGUAUUAUUUUGAUUUUGAGCAUCUGAAGGAGGCAGCAUCCGUUGUGGAGGAGAGCGAGUUAUUGAGAGGUUGGAAGAAAUGGAAUAGGGGCCAUAAAAGGAAAGUGCCAGUCAAGAAGGUCACAACCUAUAAAGUCACACCGAUGCAACUUAAGAAGGACAAGAGCACGAUCAUUUGGAGGCAGUUCGAAGCUUCGGAACCUGAAAACUAUUGGUACAGGGUAUGCGAGGGGCAAGCAGCCAAGUACAUUCAGAGGCCAUGGCAUGCUUUGUGGAAAUCAAAGAGAUUGAUGAACAUAGUGACUGAGAUUAGUGGGCAAAUGGACUGGGAUUUUGAUGCCGUGCAUGUGGUUAGAGGGGAAAAGGCACUAAACAAAGAUCACUGGCCACACUUAGACUCUGAUACAUCCCCUGAUGCGCUUCUUACUAAGCUUAAAGAAAUGAUUCAGCCUUGGAGGAAUCUUUACAUAGCAACGAACGAGCCGUUCUAUAAUUACUUUGAUAAAUUGAGGUCUCAAUACAAGGUCCAUUUGCUUGAUGAUUACAAGGAAUUAUGGAGUAACACGAGUGAGUGGUACAAUGAGACAACGCAGCUGAAUGAUGGAAAACCUGUUGAGUUCGAUGGAUACAUGCGAGUUGCUGUGGACACCGAGGUACUUUACCGCGCAAAGACACGGGUAGAAACCUUUUACAACUUAACCAAAGAUUGCAAAGAUGGAGUAAAUACAUGCUGAUCAUGUUGUGAGCUACCCCUCUCUGUAUUUUCUUCUUGUUAUGUCUUUCAGUUUUCUUGAUUUUUGUACAAAAUAUAAAUUGUGGAGAUUAAUUCAGGCUUUUGCUGUGUUUCCUUUUUUUUUAUUGUUAUCGGUAUAAUUAUUUAAUUAUAGCAUCCCUUUA